AGAAGAGACCCUACCCAGCAACUCAACACAGUUCCCGCCAACAUGAAAGGCACAAUCGCCAUCGAAGAAGCAAUCAUCGACCUAGCAGGCGUAGAAUCCCACAGCUUCGCCCAAUUCCAAACCUUGAUGCGCCCAGGAAGCGACCCCUCAACCACACUCUCCGCCCACGAGAAACGCCUCCUAGACAUCCACGAUGACCGCCUCAAGCAAAUGGACGCCCACGGCGUGGAAUACAUGCUCCUCUCCCUAACCUCCCCAGGCGCACAAGGCGAAGCAGACCCCGCCAAAGCCCAAAAGCUCGCCCAAGUUGCAAACGACUACCUCGCAGGCGAAGUCUCCAAGAACCCAAACCGCUUCGGCGCCCUCGCCGCGUUAUCCAUGCACAACGCAGCGGACGCCGCGAGCGAACUCCGCCGAGCAGUCACGCAAUUGGGCAUGUUCGGCGGCUUGGUGAAUGAUUUCCAAUCCUCGGGCGCCUCCGCAGAAGAAAAAAUAUACUUCGAUACACCAGCGUACGACGAGUUCUGGAAGACGGUGCAAGAACUAGACGUGCCGAUUUAUUUUCAUCCUCGGUAUGCAAUUCCCCAGGAUCUGGAAGAAGGGACCAAGUAUGGCGCGCGGAAGCAUUUGCUGGGUGCGGGUGUGCAGUUCCAUCUUGAUUUGAGUUGGCAUUUGUAUGCGGUUUGUAGUUCUGGGGUUUUGGAUCGGUUUCCGGGGGUACAGAUUGUGGCGGGACAUCUGGGGGAAGGGAUCCCAUUUAACCUUUGGCGGGCGACACACUGGAUCAACCAUCCUUUUAAACGUGGUCAUAGACCGAUGAAGCACGAUUACUCGUAUUAUUGGACGCACAAUGUGUCCAUCACGACGUCUGGGAACUUCAACACGCGGGGGCUGAAGUAUUGUAUUGAAGAGUUGGGAAUUGACCGAUGUCUCUAUGCGAUAGAUACGCCUUAUGAAACUGUCGAAGAGGGCCAGAAUUGGUGGAAAACUGUGGAUUUGCCGGAGGAGCAGAAGGAAGCUGUUGCGAGAAGGAAUGCUAUUAGGUUGUUCAAGCUACCCUUGGAAGAAUGA